UCAGACUUCCGGCAAAGUGUAUGCACAAAUUGGCCACCUCCUUGCUAUUGCGUAGCUGUGCGGUUGCAUUCUCACCAUCACGUUCUUCACUGUUGCAAGUAGCUGGUAGCAGGAGCGGUUUAUUUUCUAGCGUUGUAAUUCACCGCACCAAGUACGGUCGUCUCGCUAUGCCGGAAGCAGCUGCAACUACCGAAACGCUGGGCCGCUUUACCUAUCCGGAGGCGCGCCGCGAUGAGUCCGUGGUGGAAGAGUUUCACGGUGUGAAGAUUGCCGAUCCGUACCGUUGGCUAGAGGAUCCGGAUGCAGCCGAAACACAGGCGUACGUGGAGAAGCAGAACGAAAUCUCCAAACCGUUCCUGGACACGUGUCCCGAGUGGAAGAAGCUGAACGAAAAGCUGCGCAAGCGGUGGAACUAUCCGAAGUACUCGUGCCCGUUCAAGCACGGCAACAAGUACUUUUUCUUCAUGAACACCGGUUUGCAGAACCAGGAUGUUUUGUACGUUCAGGAUAAGCUCGACGGUGAGCCGAAAGUGUUUCUCGAUCCAAACACACUCUCGACGGAUGGUACGAUCGCGCUGGUAGGAUCACGCUUCUCCGACGACGGUAAGCUGUACGCGUACGGUUUGAGUCAGAGCGGUUCCGACUGGACGAAGCUAAAGAUUCGUAACGUCGAGACGGGUGAAGAUUUCCCGGAAACGAUCGAACACACCAAGUUUGUGACCGCUUCGUGGACGAAGGACAAUAAAGGAUUCUUCUACGCCCGGUAUCCGGUUGUCGAUGGGAAGGCGGAUGGAUCGGAAACGGCCGCAAACGAGAAUCAAAAGCUUUACUACCAUCGGGUCGGUGAAUCGCAGGAUAAGGAUGUAUUGAUUGCGGAAUUCCCAGAGGAACCAUCGUGGAGAUUAAUGCCGGAAGUUUCCGAUUGCGGUAAAUAUCUGAUGCUGUUCAUUAUGAAGGGCUGCAAGGAUAUGCUUCUGUACUUUAGCAAUCUAGAAAAGGCGGGAACGCUCGAUUCGAAGCUUGACUUUGUGAAGGUGGUCACCGAGUUUGAUAGCGAUUAUGAUUACGUUACCAACGAGGGUAGCAUAUUUUCGUUCCGCACGAACAAGGGCGCACCGAACUAUCGGAUCGUAAACAUUGAUUUCGAGCAGCCCGAGAUGGAGCAUUGGAAAACGCUCGUGCCCGAACAUCCGAAAAACGUGCUCGAUUGGACGACCUGUGUCAACAAGGAUCGGAUCGUGCUCGGUUACAUCGAUGAUGUGAAAUCGAUGCUGCUGGUGCACAGUCUGGCGGAUGGUAGUUUUGUGUCCAAAUUCCCAUUGGAAAUCGGUACCGUAGCUGGGUUCAGUGGCAAGAAGAAGUAUUCGGAAAUUUUCUACCACUUUGUGUCCUUCCUAACGCCGGGCAUUAUUUACCAUUACGAUUUCGAGGGUAAGAAGCAAACGGACGGAACGGUCGACAUGGAACCAACCAUCUUCCGGGAGGUAAAGAUUGAAGACUUUGACAAUAGUCAGUACGUGGUGGAGCAGAUCUUUUACCACAGCAAGGAUGGGGAAAAGGUGCCAAUGUUUAUCGUACAGCGGAAGCAGGAAAAGAAGGAACACAAACCGUGUCUGCUGUAUGGGUACGGUGGAUUUAACAUUUGCGUGCAGCCCUCGUUUAGUAUUACGGGACUGGUGUUUAUUGACUCGUUUGAUGGUAUACUGGCGUACCCGAACAUUCGGGGUGGUGGAGAGUACGGUGAACGGUGGCACAAUGCUGGCCGACUGUUGAAGAAGCAGAAUGUGUUUGACGAUUUUCAGCACGCCUCGCAGUAUUUGGUGGAGCACGGUUACACCACGCAUGAUAAGAUUGCUAUUCAGGGUGGUUCGAAUGGUGGGCUGCUCGUGGGGGCGUGUAUAAACCAGCGCCCGGAUCUGUUCGGUGCUGCCAUUGCGCAAGUUGGCGUGAUGGAUAUGCUACGCUUCCACAAAUUCACCAUCGGCCGUGCCUGGGUGUCCGAUUACGGCGAUAUGAACGAGAAGGAGCACUUUGAAAAUUUGCUCCGCUACUCACCACUGCACAACGUACGCACACCCACCACGGAAAAGGACCAAUAUCCGGCCACGCUCGUGCUGACGGCCGACCACGACGAUCGUGUCAGUCCGCUGCAUUCGCUCAAGUUUGUUGCCGCACUGCACCAUGCCAUUAAAGAUUGUGAACACCAAAAAAAUCCACUACUGCUGCGUGUGUACAGUAAAGCAGGCCACGGUAUGGGCAAACCGACGGCGAAGAAGAUUGAGGAAGCGACCGACAUUCUUACGUUCAUGUACAAAACGCUCGGGUUGAAGCUUUCGUUUUAA